CAAGCUGGCCGGCUGUGCCGGGCGAUCGCGCUGAUGGCGGCGCUGGCGGCUCUGGCCAAAAAGGCCUGGAGCGCGCGGCGGCUGCUGGUGCUGUUCUGCACGCCGCUCCUGCUGCUGCCGGUGGUCUUCGCCCUCCCUCCCAAGGAAGGCCGCUGCUUGUUUGUCAUCUUGCUCAUGGUGGUGUACUGGUGUGUGGAGGCCCUGCCCAUCUCAGUGACGGCCCUGUUGCCCAUCAUCUUUUUCCCCUUCAUGGGCAUCCUGCCAUCCAACAAAGUCUGCUCCCAGUACUUCAUGGACACCAACUUCCUGUUCCUCAGCGGUCUGAUCAUGGCUAGUGCCAUUGAAGAGUGGAAUCUACACCGGAGAAUCGCCCUCAAGGUCCUGAUGUUUGUUGGGAUCCAGCCAGCCAGACUCAUACUAGGGAUGAUGUUGACCACUUCUCUCCUGUCCAUGUGGCUGAGUAACACCGCUUCCACAGCCAUGAUGUUGCCCAUCGCCAAUGCCAUCCUCAAGAGUCUCUUUGGCCAGAAGGAGGCUCGGAAAGACCUCAGCAGGGAGAGUGACGAGAAUGCAGCUUCAGCCCAGAGGAAUGGUCUGCACACCGUGCCCACGGAGAUGCAAUUUUUCGCCAGCACAGAAGACAAAGACUGCGCUGAGGAAGUGGAGGUCCCCCUGGAUCUGCAAGCUGACUCCAAGAAGGAAGAAAACUAUCGCAGGAACAUCUGGAAGGGUUUCCUCAUCUCCAUCCCAUACUCAGCCAGCAUCGGGGGCACUGCCACCCUCACGGGUACUCUCCCCAACCUCAUCCUUCUCGGCCAGCUCAAGAGUUUCUUCCCGCAGUGUGACUUGGUGAAUUUCGGCUCCUGGUUCAUUUUCGCCUUCCCGCUGAUGCUGCUGUUCCUAUUGGUGGGCUGGCUCUGGAUCUCCUUCCUGUACGGGGGAAUAUCCUUGAGGCGUUGUUGGAGGAAGAAAUCUGAGUUCAGGGCUGAUUCAGAAGACAGGGCUCGAGCCAUGAUUCAGGAAGAAUUCCAGACCCUGGGGCCCAUCAAAUUUGCUGAACAAGCUGUUUUCAUCUUUUUCUGCUUGUUUGCCAUCCUCCUCUUCUUCCGGGACCCGAAGUUCAUCCCUGGCUGGGCCAGCUUCUUCACUCCUGGGUUUCUUUCCGAUGCUGUCACUGGAGUGUCCAUUGUCACCAUUUUGUUCUUCUUCCCGUCCCAAAGGCCAUCUUUCAAGUGGUGGUUUGACUUCAAAGCUCCCAACAAGGAAUCUGAGCCCUUACUGACAUGGAAAAAGGCUCAGGAGUCGGUACCCUGGAACAUUAUCCUUCUCCUGGGUGGAGGCUUCGCCAUGGCCAAAGGCUGUGAGGAGUCAGGAUUGUCUGUGUGGAUUGGCCAGCAGAUGCACCCCCUGGAGAAGGUGCCCCCCAUGCUGGCUGUGCUGCUCAUUACUGUGGUCAUCGCAUUCUUCACCGAGUUUGCCAGCAACACAGCCGCCACCAUCAUCUUCCUGCCUGUCCUGGCAGAGCUGGCCCUCCGCUUGCGAGUGAACCCACUGUAUGUGAUGAUCCCCGGCACGGUCAGCUGUUCCUACGCCUUCAUGCUUCCAGUCUCAACGCCCCCCAACUCAAUCGCCUUCUCCUCUGGACACUUACUGGUCAAAGACAUGGUGCGGACAGGAUUCCUGAUGAACUUGAUGGGCGUCUUGCUACUCAACUUGGCCAUAAAUACGUGGGCACAGACCAUCUUCCAGCUGGGCACCUUCCCAGACUGGGCUAACAUCCACUUAGCCAACGGCACAACGGCACUGCCACCCACCUUGAUCAACGACACACUUCGGACCCUCUGA